AUGGGUGUCGGCCGGAGAAAGUUGGUCCCAUUCUGGGUCCUAGCCCUGGCCCUGGCCUGCAGCCAACGCACAGGCCAGGCUCAACAGGACUCUCUGAAAUCGUACCAUGAACACCGCUCUGAUGUCCCUCACCCUCAAGGGCAUGUUGGUACCCCACUCAAUAGGGUGACCAUCAUCCCACCUCUGAAGACCAUUCCUGUGGUACGAGCCUUCAACCCAGGACAUACCAGGCGGGUGUGCAGCACAUGGGGCAACUUCCACUACAAGACCUUUGAUGGACAGGUCUUCUACUUCCCUGGUCUCUGCAACUAUGUGUUUUCUGCACACUGUGGGGAUGCCUAUGAGGACUUCAAUAUCCAGCUACGCCGUGUCCAGGAGUCUAAUACCACCACUCUGAGUAGGGUCACCAUGAAGCUUGAUGGCCUAGUUGUUGAGUUGACCAAGAGCUCCGUCUUAGUCAAUAACCACCCGGUCCAGCUGCCCUUCAGCCAGUCUGGGGUCCUCAUUGAGCUCAGCAAUGGCUACCUGAAGGUGGUGGCUAGGCUGGGGCUGCUCUUCAUGUGGAAUGAGGAUGACAGUCUCCUGCUGGAGUUGGACACCAAAUAUACCAACAAGACUUGUGGUCUCUGUGGAGACUUCAACGGCAGUCCAAAUUCCAGCGAGUUCCUCUCCAACAAUGUUAGGCUGACACCCCUCGAGUUUGGGAACCUUCAGAAGAUGGACGGCCCCACAGAGCAGUGCCAAGACCCCCUCCCUGUGCCCCAGAAGAACUGCUCCACCAGAUCUGGUAUCUGUGAAAUGAUCCUAAAAGGUGAGCUGUUCUCAGACUGUGCGGCCCUGGUGGACAUCAGCAGCUACCUGGAGGCUUGCCGGCAGGACAUCUGUCUCUGUGAGAGCUUGGACCCAUCUGACUGCAUCUGCCAUACCCUUGCUGAGUACUCCCGGCAGUGUGCACAUGCUGGAGGGCAGCCCCAGGACUGGCGGGGCCCCAACCUCUGCUCCCAGACAUGUCCCCUCAACAUGCAGCACCAGGAAUGUGGCUCACCCUGUGUGGACACCUGCUCCAACCCCCAGCAUUCCCAGGUCUGUGAGGACCACUGUAUUGCUGGCUGCUUCUGUCCUGAGGGUAUGGUGCUUGAUGACAUCAAUCAGAUGGGCUGUGUCCCUGUAUCCCAGUGUGCCUGCCUGUACAAUGGGACACUUUAUGCACCGGGUACCAAUUACUCUACUGACUGCACCAACACAUGUUCUGGAGGGCAGUGGAGCUGCCAGGACAUCCCCUGCGCUGGCACCUGCUCAGUAAUGGGAGGCUCCCACAUCUCCACAUUUGAUGGAAGGCACUACACAGUACAUGGGGACUGCACCUAUGUGCUGAGCAAGCCCUGUGACAGUAAUGCCUUCACUGUGCUGGCUGAGCUGCGGAAGUGUGGACUGACGGAAAGUGAGACUUGUCUGAAGACUGUGACAUUGAACCUGGGUGGGGGGCAGACGGAGAUCAUGGUGAAAGCCACUGGAGAGGUCUUUGUGAACCAGAUCUACACCCAGUUGCCAGUGUCUACAGCCAAUGCUACCUUCUUCCGGCCUUCAACCUUUUUCAUUGUUGGUGAGACCGACCUGGGUUUGCAGCUUGAGAUCCAGCUGAGUCCAAUUAUGCAAACAUUUGUGCGUCUGAAACCUGGGCUCAGGGGGCUAACCUGUGGGCUCUGUGGUAACUUCAACAGUAUGCAGGCUGAUGACUUCCAGACUAUCAGUGGGGUUGUGGAGGGCACAGCAGCUGCUUUCUUCAACACCUUCAAGACUCAGGCGGCUUGUCCCAAUGUCAAGAAUAUCUUUCAGGACCCCUGCUCGCUCAGCGUGGAGAAUGAAAAGUAUGCUCAGCACUGGUGUUCUCUGCUGACUAACACCAGUGGUCCAUUUUCCCAGUGCCACGCCACCGUGAACCCCAGCACCUUCUUCUCGAACUGCAUGUAUGACACGUGCAACUGUGAGAAGAGCGAGGACUGCAUGUGUGCAGCCCUGUCCUCCUAUGUGCGUGCUUGUGCUGCCAAAGGAGUGCUGCUCAGUGACUGGAGGAAUGGCAUUUGCACAAAGCCUACAAUUACCUGUCCAAAGUCAAUGAUCUAUCAAUACCAUAUCAGCACCUGCCAGCCCACCUGCCGUGCUCUGAAUGAGAAAGAUGUCACCUGCCAUGUCAGCUUCAUCCCUGUAGAUGGCUGCACCUGCCCCAAAGGCACCUUCUUAGAUGAUUUGGGCAAAUGUGUACAGGCUACCAGCUGUCCUUGCUACUACAAGGGAUCCACAGUUCCCAAUGGCGAGUCUGUGCAUGACAGUGGGGCCAUUUGCACCUGCACCCAAGGAGCACUAACUUGUAUUGGAGGUCCUGCCCCGACUCCAGUGUGUGAUGCACCCAUGAUCUAUUUUGAUUGUCGCAAUGCCACACCUGGUGACACUGGAGCUGGAUGUCAGAAGAGCUGUCACACCCUAGACAUGACAUGUUAUAGCUCCGAGUGUGUGCCUGGCUGUGUGUGCCCGAAUGGGCUGGUGGCAGACGGAAAUGGAGGCUGUGUUGUUACUGAGGACUGUCCUUGUGUGCACAAUGAGGCCACCUAUAGGCCUGGGGAGACCAUCCAAGUGGGGUGCAACAACUGCACCUGUGAGAACAGGAUGUGGCAAUGCACAGACAAGCCUUGCCUGGCCACCUGUGCUGUAUAUGGAGAUGGCCACUACAUCACUUUUGAUGGGCAGCGCUACAGUUUCAAUGGGGACUGCGAGUACACACUGCUGCAGGACAACUGUGGUGGGAAUGGCAGCUCCCAGGAUGCCUUUCGUGUUGUCACUGAGAACAUCCCCUGUGGUACUACAGGAACCACCUGCUCCAAGAGCAUCAAGAUCUUCCUGGGGAACUAUGAGCUGAAGUUGAGUGACAGCAAGAUGGAGGUGGUCCAGAAGGAUGUGGGGCAGGAGCCCCCUUACUUUGUCCACCAGAUGGGCAACUACCUGGUGGUGGAAACUGACAUUGGCCUGGUGCUUUUGUGGGACAAGAAGACCAGCAUCUUUCUCAGACUCAGCCCUGAGUUCAAGGGCAGGGUCUGUGGCCUGUGUGGGAACUUUGAUGACAAUGCCAUCAAUGACUUCACCACACGCAGCCAGUCCGUGGUCAGUGACAUGUUGGAGUUUGGAAAUAGUUGGAAGUUGUCUCCAUCCUGCCCGGAUGUCCUGGUGCCCAAGGACCCCUGCACUGCCAACCCUUACCGCAAGUCCUGGGCCCAAAAGCAAUGCAGCAUCAUCAACAGCGCAACUUUCUCCGCCUGCCAUGCUCAUGUGGAGCCGGCCAAGUACUAUGAAGCUUGUGUGAAUGACGCCUGUGCCUGUGACUCAGGGGGUGACUGCGAGUGUUUCUGCACCACUGUGGCCGCCUAUGCCCAGGCCUGCCAUGAAGUGGGAGUGUGUGUGUCCUGGAGGACACCAGACAUCUGCCCACUGUUCUGUGAUUACUUCAACCCAGAGGGUCAGUGUGAGUGGCACUACCAGCCGUGUGGGGCCCCCUGCAUGCGUACCUGCCAGAACCCUACUGGACAGUGCCUACAAGAUCUCCGUGGUCUGGAAGGAUGCUAUCCCAAGUGUCCACCAACAGCCCCCAUCUUUGAUGAGGGCACAAUGCAGUGUGUAUCCAACUGUACAGUCACCUUUCCCUGCCGCGUCAAUGGAAAGUUGUACCGGCCAGGUGCAUCAGUACCUUCAGACAAAAACUGCGAGUCCUGCAUCUGCACGGAGAGUGGUGUGCGCUGUACCCACGAUGCUGGUGCCUGUGUCUGUGUCUACAACGGGCAACAGUUCCAUCCCGGGGAGAUCAUUUACCGCACGACAGAUGGCAUAGGAGGCUGCAUCUCUGCACACUGCAGGGCCAAUGGUACCAUAGAGAGGAGCGUUGACACCUGCAACCCCACCACCCCCACACCCCCCACCACUUUCUCCUUCUCCAUACCGCCCGUCAUGACCUCAAUGCGACCCUCCAGCACACAUUCCAGCCCUACCCCGAGUGUAGGGCCCUCAGGGGGCCCAAGCAAGGCUGCAUCGACAACCAGCAGCAUAUUGUCCGUGAAGAGCCCUGUCACAGCCCCUAUGACCAUGUCUACUUCAGCCUCCGCCGUAACCACAUCAGGUUGCCGGGAGGAGUGCCUCUGGUCUCCCUGGAUGGAUGUCAGCCGUCCUGGACGUGGCAUUGACAGCGGUGACUUUGACACUCUGGAGAACCUCCGUGCCCAUGGCUACCCAAUCUGCUCAGUGCCAAAAGCAGUGGAGUGCCGUGCUGAGGCUAGCCCCGGGGUGCCUCUUCCUGAGCUGCAGCAGCACCUGGAGUGUAGCACAACUGUAGGGCUGAUCUGUUACAACAGUGAUCAGCUGUCAGGGCUCUGUGACAACUACCAGAUCAAAGUCCAGUGCUGUAUCCCCGUCAACUGUCCAACCUCCCAGACGACCCAUGUGAUAUCCUCCAGGACGACUAACUUGGGUGGCACAACCUCCUCAGUCCCUGUCACCUCAACUGAGCACCCAUACAGCAGCACAGUUACCUCAGGUCCUUCUACCCACACCCCAGGUCCGUCUCCCUCUUCCUCAGUGCCUUCUUCACCAACUCCAGCUCCAUCGACUCCUGCCCCAGUCAGUUCUACCACUGUUAAAACAACUCUGCCCAUCACUAGCCCAACACCAGAGCCAACUCCAGCCACAUCAUCUGUGUCCAUCUCAACCUCAGGGUCCACCAUNCCUUCCUCUGAAACAACUCAUGAGUGCAAACAGGAGCUUUGCAAUUGGACCAAUUGGAUAGAUGGNAGUUACCCUGGGUCUGGCAGAAACAGUGGAGAUUUUGACACCUUUGCAAACCUGAGAUCCAAAGGAUACAAGUUCUGUGAGAAGCCACGAAAUGUGGGCCUGGUGUGCAACAACAGGGACCAGGGGGGCGACUCUGGGAUGUGCCUCAACUAUGAGGUGCGACUGCUGUGCUGUCACAUUCCUGAAGACUGCCUCAGGACUGAUCAGACUUCUCCUGUGACAUUAUCCCAUAAGCCCUCAUCUGCAGUUGUGUCACCAUCAUCUGUGUCCCCGUCCUUGUCGACCAGCCAUAGGGUUCACUCUACCACUCCCUGCUUCUGCAGCGUGUCAGGCCAGCUAUACCCCUUGGGAUCCAUCAUCUACAACCAGACAGACCUUGAUGGCCACUGUUACUAUGCGAUGUGUAGCCAGGAUUGUCAGGUGGUCAAGAGGGUUAGUCAAGACUGCCCCUCCACCAUGCCACCUCCUGCGACAACUCUAUCUACAUCGACCACGCCACCUGUCACUGAGCGGGAUCGGUGCAAUGUGUUUCCUCCAAGACUGAGAGGAGAGACCUGGCCCAUGCCGAAUUGUUCCCAAGCCACCUGUGAGGGCAACAAUGUCAUCUCCUUGAGCCCACGCCAGUGCCCAGAGCUGAAGGAACCAUCUUGUGCCAAUGGUUAUCCACCUCUGAAGGUGGAUGACCAGGAUGGUUGCUGCCAGCACUACCAGUGCCAAUGUGUUUGCAGCGGGUGGGGUGAUCCCCACUACAUCACAUUUGAUGGCGCCUACUACACUUUCCUGGAUAACUGCACAUACGUGCUGGUGCAGCAGAUCGUGCCCGUGUUUGGAUACUUCCGUGUGCUCAUUGACAACUACUACUGUGACGUGGGAGACAGCGUCUCCUGCCCACAGUCCAUCAUUGUGGAGUACCACCAGGACCGUGUGGUGCUGACCCGCAGGCCAGUUAGAGGGGUCAUGACCAACCAGAUCAUCUUCAACAACAAAGUAGUCAGUCCUGGCUUCCAGCAGAAUGGCAUUGUCACCUCCCAUGUGGGUAUCAAGAUGUAUGUUACCAUCCAAGAGAUUGGUGUCCGGGUCAUGUUUUCGGGUCUCAUCUUCUCUGUCGAGGUGCCUUUCAACUUGUUUGCCAACAACACAGAGGGCCAGUGCGGCACUUGCACCAAUGACAAAAAGGAUGAGUGCCGCCUGCCUGGGGGUUCCAUAGCCUCCUCUUGUUCUGAGAUGUCUCUCCACUGGAAGGUGCCCAACCAGCCUUCCUGCCAAGGGCCUUCACCAACUCCAACUUCAGUGGUACCCAGGCCUUCACCUACUCCGUGCCCACCAUCGCCACUCUGUGAGCUCAUCCUAAGCAAUACCUUCAAGCUCUGCCAUGAUGUCAUCCCCCCGCUGCAGUUCUAUGAAGGCUGCUUAUUUGACUACUGCCACAUGCUGGACCUGGAGGUCGUAUGCUCAGGCCUAGAGCUCUAUGCAUCACUCUGUGCAGCCCAAGGCGUGUGCAUCCCCUGGAGAAGCCAAACCAACAACACCUGCUCAUUCACGUGCCCUGAUAACCAAGUAUACCAGCCUUGUGGCCCAUCCAACCCUCACUACUGCUACAGGGAUGAUGGCAUCAGCCCAAGCCUGACCCUUCAAGAGGCUGGUCCCAAGACAGAGGGCUGCUUCUGUCCAGACAGCACGACACUUUUCAGUACCAAUGACUCAAUCUGCGUGCCUUCCUGCCAAUGGUGUCUGGGGCCUCGUGGGGAACCUGUGGAGCCGGGUCACACCAUUAGCAUCGACUGCCAGGACUGCAUCUGUAAGGAAGCCACGCUAACCUGCCAAAAGAAGGCCUGUCCUCAGCCCACCUGUCCAGAGCCUGGCUUUGUGCCAGUGCCUGUAGCCCUGGAGGCUGGCCAGUGUUGUCCCCAGUUCAGCUGUGCCUGCAACUCCAGCCACUGCCCUCCGCCUCUGCACUGCCCGAAGAAUUCUAGCCUGAUAGUCACAUAUGAGGAGGGAGCUUGCUGCCCGAGCCAGAACUGCAGCAGUCAGAAGGGCUGUGAAGUCAAUGGGACUCUCUACCAGCCUGGUGACAUGGUCUACUCCAGCCUAUGUGAGAGAUGCCUGUGUGAGGUUUCCAGCAAUCCCCUUUCCGAUGUCUUUAUGGUCAACUGUAAGACUGAGAUCUGUAACACCCAGUGUCCUAAGGGCUCUGAGUACCAGGCCAUGCCAGGGCAGUGCUGUGGCAAGUGUAUACCGAAGACCUGCCCUUUUAAAUACAACAGCAAUUCUACCUACUUCUACCAGCCUGGUGAGUUAUGGGCAGAACCUGGGAACCCGUGUGUGACUCAUAAGUGUGAGAAAUUCCAAGAUGUACCCAUAGUCGUGACAAUGAAGACAGAGUGUCCCAAGAUCAACUGUCCGCAGGGCCAGGCUCAGCUGAGAGAAGACGGAUGCUGCUAUGACUGUCCCUUACGCCAGCAGAAAUGUACGGUAUACCAAAGACAGCAGAUCAUCCGUCAGCAAAACUGCAGCUCUGAGGGCCCAGUGAGCAUCUCCUACUGCCAAGGCAACUGCGGAGACAGCACCUCCAUGUACUCCCUGGAGGCCAACAAGGUAGAGCACACAUGUGAGUGUUGCCAGGAGCUGCAAACCUCUCAGAGGAAUGUGACUCUGCGCUGCGAUGACGGCUCCAGUCGGACCUUCAGCUACACCCAGGUUGAGAAGUGUGGCUGCCUGGGCCAGCAGUGCCAUGCUUUAGAGGACACAAGCCAUGAAGAGUCCUCAGAACAAGAGUUCAAGUCCAAGGAAAGUGAGGAACAUGGCCAGCAGUCGGCAUUCAGGGUCAGCGAGGACAUGCUUGGGCCUUUCCAGUAA